GCGCGCGCUAGGGUCGUGCGGCGGUAAGGAAGCAGUCGCCACCCAGCUCGGGAAGUGUGGUCGUGUCGCGGACUGUGGUGGUCGCCGAGUUCGUAUCAAAGUGAUCCAAACACACAAGCAGCCUCUCAUACUAUCUUAAUAGAUGGUCUGCUGUGCUGAAUGCGUGUUAAUGCCCACAGAGCAUUGUUGCAACUGACUGUUGCUUCCUGGUUUUGGCGUCAACGCGUUAUUUCGAAACAUAACUAAGUAUCCAUCGUUACGAAGCUAGUUAGUUAGCCCUUACGCUCUACGACUUGAAGCCAGUUGGAGAAAAUUGAACUGAUGCACACAAAAAUAUAGUGUUUUGCAAAUAGGUAGAACUCAAUCUGACAUAUCUCUUACCAGAGACUGAUCACACUCUUAAAAUUUAUGACGCCCUCUGUAUUUAACUAGACUAGUAAUAUGCUGUACAUUUCUGCAGAGAAUCUUUUAAAAAACAGUCAAGAAUUAGUGUUAUGGUGGUUUUAUUAGGAAGUCAGUUGGAUUAUUCAUCAGCAUUCCAUCGAAAGUAAAAUCCGCUUUAUCCUGAAUCCGCCGUCACUACCAAAGACGGAGUUCUGACACAACUGCAAAAAUUAAUAACUGGAUGUUACAGUCCUCAAUAUUGUCAGUUGCAGCAACUUAUGUUCGAGUUUGAACCACCAAUAUAGUCGCACAUAAUGCCACUCUAGUCUCCGUGCAAUUUUACGCGUUCUCAAUAACAAUUCAUGGACGAACAGCUGUAUUUGCUGCAAUCAAGUCAAAACACAUUUCUGUUGCAAACCGAGAAUAUUUCUGUGACGCAGCUGUAAUGAACUGAAGAUAUCAGCGGCUUUUCUGAAGAGUUUUUGUUGAGCAAAAUCAGCGUCGGCCGCAGACUGAAGCGACAAUGCAUCGCAGCUGGAGAGGCUCCACACGUGACGGACGGCCCGUCCGUUCCUAGCGAUUGUGCAGCACAUAGCCAGUGACGGGGACCGACGUGCGGUGCAUUGUGAACACAGCCAGCAGAGUUCAGCCGCAGAAAUGUCCUCCAGUCUUCAGCGGCGACCUUCGGCGUCCUUCUGGAAGCAGCACCGGCGCCCGCUGCCCUGGUGCGCCGUAGCGCUGCUUCUGGCUGCGGCAGCUGCGGCCGUUGUCGCGGAGCCAACAACCCCAGCGCAAGGCGAGGAGCCGCGGCCUCCGCGCAUCACGGAGCACCCCAGCGACGCGCUGGUGUCGCGCAACGAGCCGCUGACGCUCAACUGCCGCGCCGACGGCCGCCCGCCGCCUUCCGUGUCGUGGCUCAAGGACGGGGCGCCGCUGGCGCUGGACGGCUCCCAGCAGCACCGCGUGCUGCUGCCCGCCGGCUCGCUGCUCUUCCUGCGCGUGCGCAAGGAGGCCGACGCCGGCGUCUACCGCUGCGUCGCCAGGAACGCCGCCGGCGUCGCCUACUCGCGCAACGCCACGCUCUCCGUCGCCUACCUCCGCGAGGACUUCCGACCGGAGCCGAAGGACACCCGAGUAGCCGCGGGAGAGACAGCUUUGCUGGAGUGCGGCCCACCCAAGGGGCUGCCGGAACCAGCGCUCAUCUGGAGAAGGGACGGGCAGCCGCUGGACCUGCGCGCCUCCACCAGGCUCCGCCUGGUGGACGGAGGGAACCUGCUCAUCUCCGACGUCCGUCAGGCUGACGAGGGCCAGUACCAGUGCGCGGCGCAGAACAUGGCGGGCUCCAGGGAGUCCAAAGUCGCCAAGCUCACCGUCAACGUGAAGCCGUUCUUCAGCAAGGAGCCGGAAGACGCGACGGUGUUGGAGGGCGGCGCCGUGCAGUUCGAGUGCCGCGUGGGCGGCGUGCCGGCGCCCACUGUGCUGUGGCGUCGCGACGACGGCCGGAUGCCCGUGGGUCGGGCGCGCAUCGCCGACGACAAGUCGCUGCGCAUCGACGGCGUCGCCGCCGACGACGAGGGCGUCUACAUCUGCGACGUCGAGAGUCCGGCCGGCAGGAUCUCCGCCAGGGCAGCUCUCACCGUGCACUCGCCGCCCACGUUCUGGCGCCGGCCAUCGGACGCGACGGUGGCGGAGGGCGGGGAGACGUCGCUGCCCUGCGCCGCCCACGGCCGGCCGCCGCCCUCCGUCUUCUGGGCGCGCGAGGGCUCGCGCCGGCUGCUCUUCCCAGGCAGCAGCAGCAGCGGCAGCGGCCAGCCGCGCCUCGCCGUGGCCGCGGACGGCACCCUCACUCUGCGGGCCGCCAAGCCAGAGGACGCGGGCCGCUACGUCUGCUCCGCCGUCAGCGCCGCGGGAUCUGCCACCAGCAGCGCCGAGAUACAGGUUUUGGCCCCUGGCGACGAGCUUCCUCCUAUUAUUGACAUCGGCCCUCGAGAUAUGGAGAUCGCACCAAAGGGCACAGCAGUGUUUCAUUGCCUCACGGCUGGUACCGCGAAGACAUCCGUGCAGUGGCAGAAGAAUGACGAUCCUCUGGUUCCCGGUGGGCGGAUAGUAGUGCUGGUCAACGGAACGCUUGUCAUCAAGGAGGUGCAGCCGUCGGACGUGGGCAAGUACAGCUGCUGGGCAGCUUCCGGUGGCGGCCGCAGCAUGCAUUCGGCGCUGCUGUCGCUGAGCGAGACGCCGUCUGGCUCGGCAGCUGCGGUGCCGUGGAGCGCCGCGGCGCUGCCUCCGGCGCCGUCACAGCCGCGAGUUGCUGACGUCACGGAUACGUCACUGACGGUGACGUGGCGGCCUGUGGAGGGCCACGUACUGGGCUACACCCUGGAGUACUGCUGCCCGGACCUGCACGGCGGGUGGGUCGUGGCCGGCAGGAGGCUGCCUCCAGACACCUUCACCGUGGAGGGCCUGCGGCCGGAUACGCGCUACGCGGUGGUGGUGCGUUCCGAGACGCCCGCGGGGGUGUCGCGCGCCAGCCCCCCGUCGCACCCCACGCGGACUCUGCCCCCGGGGGGCGGCAGCCGCCCCCACUCCCAGGAGCAACGCCGCCUGCAGGCCGCCAGGGAGGCGCUCGGCCGCCUGCAGAUCCUCCUCAAUGCCGCUCAGCCCAUCAGCUCAAAUGCGGUGCGCCUUCGCUGGCAGGUGUUGGGCGCUGAGGAGCUGGUGGAGGGCGUGUACGUGCGCUACCGCGACCUGUCGGCGGCCGAGCCUUCCUUCGGCCUGGUGACCGUGAUGAACGCGGGCGCCACCGGCUACACCGUGUCCGGGCUGCGCGCCUUCACGCGCUAUCAGUUCUUCCUGGUGCCCUUCCACAAGGCCCUCGAGGGCCGGCCCUCCAACACCAUCACAGCACGCACCCUCGAGGACGCUCCAUCAGCAUCCCCAGAAAAUGUGCGAGUGAGGAGGCUCAAUUCUACUGCAGCCAGUAUCUUUUGGGAUCCUGUUGCGCCUGAGUAUCUAAACGGAAUGCUUCAAGGAUACAAUGUGCUGGUGAUGGUGAACGGCAGCAGCGUCUUCGCGCACCUGUCCGUGAACGCCAGCACGGCGUCAUUGCUGCUCAACAACCUGACGUCGGAUAACGUGUACAGUGUGCAGGUGUCGGCCUACACAGUGGUCGGUUCCGGGCCCUUCUCCACGGCUGCCGCGCUCGGGGGCGAUCGAAGUUCUCCCAGGGUUCAGCCGAGCAGGAGCGUCCACAGCGUGGUGCAGGAGACGUGGUUCCCCGCGGUCAUCGUGGGCCUCGUGCUGGCCGUCUCUCUGGCGCUGUCCGCCGGCUACUACCUGAGGCACCGGAAGGCCAUCAAGAAAGACAUCAGCAACCUGAACGUGAUGAACGCAAACGACAUCUGCCAGCUGAAACUGACGGACGGCAAGGACACGUUGUGGAUCGACAGCGGCGUCGGCGUGGGCGGCGACAGCGCGUGGGGCGGCGCCGAAGCGAAGGCGGCGGCUCUGGGGGCGGCGCAGACGGCCAAGGAGCUGGCCGCCGCCCACGCGGAGUACGCCGAGGUGGACGCCCGCGGACUGCUGCUGGCGCUGCACCCCAGGCCGGCGCCGUACGCCACCACCAGCCUGCUGCCCGCCAGGAGGGACGCCGAGGACAUGUGCCAGACAACGCAGAAGUCGGAUCACGAGAUGGAAAUGAAGACAUCCAACUCCAGCGGCUCCUGCGCAAAUACCGUUCUACUGAGUUCGGACACAAACUCUUGCGCUGGAUACAUGUCAAGCAGCUCUUGCUCCGAAGACAAGAACUUUUAUCCAGAUAACAUCGGCAGGCACCCAGAGAACUGCACCCACGUACACAGAAGCAACUGGUCGGAGCUACCACUGCCUUCAGACACGGCCAACGGCAACGUGAGCUGCCUUCUGCAGCCGCAGUGCCGCAGAGUGUCCAAUGAAGGCAAGAUGAGCAACCUCAACGGAGCCGAAGAGUGCAAUGCGAACACUCCGCUUCUGAGCGGACACAACUCGUGUUCCAGGGAGGAGACGCCUCUCACUCACCUGCCACGGGUUGAUACAGCCGACUUCAACAUACGGCCAGUGCCACCCGACAGAAGGAGCUCUCUGUGUGAAGACGGAUACGCCAGCGUGUGCUCCGUGUACAACGACCCAGUCAGAUACACAAUGGUGCCGGAUCAUCACCCCUCGUUUCCAGGUUUCCUAGCGGCCUGUGAGUCGGUCACGGCUUUCGGAAAUGGCGGCGAACACAAGUACAGCCAGUGUCACCCGCAGCACAAGAGGCACCACUGCCACAGGCAUUCCUUCUACCACAGGUCGCAGCGCUGUUGCAGGCAUAACCCGCAAGGUGGCAGCCUGGAACAGCGGGAGUGUGACCACGCCCCCGCAGGGGGGAGGUGCGGCAGCGAGUCCUGCUGUUCCUCUGGCGACGUGGGCUGCCUCUACACCGAGCCCAGGAACUUCCCGCGGCAGGAGGGGGGUGCGUGCCGGCACCGCUGCCGCCGCCGCUGCCGCGUCCCCCGGCGCUGUCACCAUCAGCGACCCGCCUCCCCCACCGCCAGCUCCGACUCCGGCAGCGGCUGCGCCGGGGCGCCCUCGCCCAUGGAGGACGUCGAGCCCGCCACAGACGAGCUUCCCGGAUACGCGAAAUUGGAUUACCCAAACUCCCAGUCACCCAACAGCGAAACGAGUGCUAGCGUAGAAGAUGGGCACAGAAUCCACGAAACUUGCUCAGACGAGAGGUGCGGCCGUAACAACCGGAUUUCGUGGACAACGUCCAGCUCCGCGGAUGCCAACAACUCUGUGUCGGAUGUGAAGUAUACGGUCUGAUUUACGAAUCUUGCUCAUAGUGUGAUGUCUGUUUACCAUGUGUGAUUUUAAAAAAAAGAGAUGAAUCUCUGGUUCGUCUGACGAAACGUAAUACUUCAUUUUUGAUGUAUUUUACAAAUUAGUUUUAGACACUCAUACCUGUAUCAAAUGUUUUGACUGUGUAUUUUAGUACUGUAAAUACGUUUUGUAGAAUACGAAAAUGUUGCUUAGAGAAGCAGCAUAAAUAUAUCUGUGCA